CUAGCUGAAUGCUGAAGUGUGGAAAAGAAGCAAGAAUGAGUAAAAGGUGGGACCUACCUUGAAACGAGCAAGCACGUUGAUUUGUUUAAUGAAGUGAUGAAUACGAGACUCAUGACUUUGUCGAUCCAAUAUCCAUAUUUCCACCAUCACCAUCUUAAAAUGGAGUUUUGACUCUGUCUCUCUCGAAGGUAAUAAUAAGUGCGUGCAAAGAAAAAGCGAAGGAAAAAGAAUAGAUCCUUUGCAGGCCAAAGGAGGAAAGGUCCAGUCUUUACUCAUAUAUAUAUAUUUCUGGUACUUCACCAUCAAUCAAUCGGUCUCACCCAACACGGGAAGGUCGUGCGUGUCGUUCUCUCUCUCUGGCACUUACAAUUAAAGAAAACAGGUAAACACACAAAUACGAAAACCAACAAUCAGACAGAAGAAGAAGAAAAUAGAAUCAGCGCCUUAAACAAUUUUCUUUCACACCCAUUAUCUAUCUAUCUAUUCAAUUGAAUCGAAUUUCUAGGGUUAUACAUUAAGAUCCGAUAAAUUCUCAUUUUCUUAAGUGUUACUUACUACUUCCCAACGUUACACUAAUAAAUUUUGUAUUUUUCUUUUCAAAUAACACGGAGGAGGAGUAAGAUAAGUUUUCUCAGUUUUUUUUUUUUUUGUAUCGAUUCUUUCAUUCUUUCUCAUAACACUGUGACCCUCAUCAAGAAAUUUCCUCAAAGGAAAGAAGAGAUUUUUUUUAUUAUUAUUAUUUUUAAUUCAGUAUAAGACUGGGAAAACUAAAUUUGAAGUAUCCUUCUUAGUUUUUGUAUCUUGGGUUUUGAUUAAAGUUCUGUAAUUUUUUGGUCUGGAUUAUUUGACUUAAUUUUUUGAUCAUAGAAUUUGAGGAUCUAGCUAAUUAUUUUUUGAAUUAUUGAGGGGGGUUGAAGAAAAUUGAAUAAUUUUCUUGAUUAGUCUAGGGUUUGUUAUGCAUUGUGGGAUCUCAGCUCAUUGGAGGUGUAAUAUAGAGUUGGAUGCAUUAUAAAUGGUGGUCAGAGUUAAGUAACAGGUGAGGUGAGAGACUGUUCUUGAGUCUUGACUGAGAAGUGGUAAGAUCAUGGGUUGCAUAUGCUCAAAAGGGAGUCAAGAUGGAAUUCAAUAUGUGCAAAGCCGGAGUGAGAAAGAAUUUAGGUCUUCUAAAUUAUUGGUUGCUCCUUCUAAGAGAGAUCAAAUUAUAGUGGAAACAGAUUGUAGUUCUAAUGGGACAACAGUGAGAUUGUUAUCAAAACCAACAUCACAAGAGAUUAUUGCAGUGUCGACUCCGCCGCUUUUAUCAUCAGAUGAUGGUGUUGGAGUAGUAGUAGAAAAGAAGAAGCCAUUAGUUAGUGAUAGAAAAAUAGUAACUAAUCAUCAGAGACGUGCGACGACGGAGAAUGGAGUGGUGACAUUAGGAGUUCCGCCUAUUUCUAGGAUCAUCAGUAUGCCCCGUAGUAUGGAAGCAGAACAGGCUGCUGCAGGUUGGCCAUCUUGGCUCACAGCAGUUGCUGGCGAAGCAAUUAAAGGCUGGGUUCCUAGACGAGCAGAUUCUUUUGAAAAAUUAGAUAAGAUCGGACAGGGAACUUACAGUAGUGUCUACAGAGCUCGGGACCUAGAAACUGGGAAAAUUUGUGCAUUAAAGAAAGUAAGAUUUGUUAAUAAUGAUCCAGAAAGUGUUCGUUUUAUGGUGAGGGAAAUUCAUAUCCUGCGUAGGCUUGAUCACCCAAAUGUUAUAAAGCUCGAGGGCUUGGUUACCUCACGGAUGUCCUGCAGCUUGUAUCUUGUAUUUGAAUACAUGGAACAUGAUCUUGCUGGGCUUGCAGCUUCACCUGAUAUCAAGUUCACUGAGGCACAGAUCAAGUGUUACAUGCAGCAGCUACUUCUCGGGCUUGAACACUGUCAUACUCGAGGGGUCUUGCAUCGGGAUAUCAAGGGUUCCAAUCUUCUGAUUGACAAUAAUGGGAUUCUCAGGAUUGCUGAUUUUGGUUUGGCGACCUUAUUCCGCCCUGAUCAAAAGCAACCACUGACAAGUCGUGUUGUAACGCUCUGGUAUCGGCCCCCCGAGCUUUUACUUGGCGCAACACAAUAUGGGGUUGGUGUGGACCUGUGGAGUGCUGGUUGCAUCCUUGCUGAAUUGCUUGUUGGAAAGCCUAUCAUGCCAGGAAGAACUGAGGUGGAGCAGCUGCACAAGAUUUUCAAACUCUGCGGUUCACCAUCUGAAGAUUAUUGGAGGAAGUCAAGAUUGCCGCACACAACGAUUUUCAAACCGUCACAUCCUUACAGGCGGUGCGUUGCUGAGACCUUCAAGGACAUACCUUCUUCCUCUUUGGGCCUUCUUGAGGUUCUCCUUGCAAUAGAGCCUGAGCGUCGGGGAUCGGCGGCUUCUUCACUUAAAAGCGAGUUUUUUACAGCAAAGCCUCUCCCUUGUGACCCAUCAACUUUACCUAAAUAUCCACCUAGCAAGGAGUUUGAUGCUAAGCUUCGGGAUGAGGAAGCUAGAAGGCAAAGAGCAGCAGCAAUGAAAGGCCAUGGAGCUGAAUCCCGAAGAAGGGGUUUAAGAGAUGCCAAACCUGCUCCACAAGAUUCUAAUGCUGAAUCACAGAAACGUCAUGGACCUUCAAACUCUAAAAGCACUAGCCAAAAGUUCAAUGUGCAAGAGGAUGGUGGAAGUGGUUUCCCUAUCGAGCCCCGUGGAGGAUCUGGGCAGAAUAGUUUUUCUCGUUCUGGUCCUCUGAUGCACCCUGGUUUUGGAUCUGCACGGAGUACGGCUGUAAAGGAAUACGAAGCUCAGGUGGUGGGUCCUACAAGACCAUUUGGGUCUUCAAGGAACGGGGCAGAGUUAAGGACACAGAGAUCGCAUGUGGCUCAGGGAUCGACCUGGUCAGAACAUAAACUGAAUGGAAAAUACAAUCAACUCGAUGAUGUUGAGGCCUCUGAAAAGCAGAAGUGGGAGGAUGGUCCAGCAUCUUCCCAAAAGAAAGGAGAUAGAGUAUAUGACAAGGAGUCGACCACGGGUUAUGUCCCUAAGAAGAACAGGAUCCACUAUUCUGGACCUUUAAUGCCCCCAGGUGGAAAUAUGGAUGAGAUGCUUAGAGAGCACGAAAGACAAAUCCAACAGGCUGUCCGCAGAGCUCGAAUUGACAAGGCAAAGAUCAAAAGCUAUGGUGAAAAUGGCCAGGCUGAAGCUCUACUUUAUUCAGGGAGACAGGUUAGGUGAAACACUCUCAAGCUGCAAGUUUACCUGCUGUACCAAAACCCUCCAACAACAUAAAAGCUCAUCAUCUAAUCUUUGAAUUGGUUGUACCUUCUCAAUAGCAGAUUCCAAAAAAAGAAGAAGUUUGCAUUGUUGUUUCUAUUAUGAGAAAUGGCCAGUUUAGGAAUCAGCUUCUGGAGAUAUUUACUUGUACCUUUUCAAUUGGUGGUAUAUAAUGGUAUUUUGUGUAUAUUUUCUCUUCAUGUGUUUACUUGGAAAGGACUAAAAGGUGUAAUACUACAGAAAGAAACAUUUCGAAUAGGCAGAGUUGGCACAGGGGAUAAGGUAUAGAUUCGUUUCUCUUUCAUUGAAGCACAUAUGAGUUAUGCAUUCCA